UAAUUCUUCCGCAAUCCAAUCUUUCCAUACUCUCAUCUUUCUUCCUAUUAAUUGCUGAUCAAAAUCUAGCAGAGAGCAUGGAUCAACUUGGGAAGUGCGAAGCAAAUUAUGUGGCACUCACUCCCUUGACAUUUCUAAAAAGGGCCAGCUCUGCUUAUGCUAACCGCACAUCAAUCAUCUACGAGAAUACUCGUUUCACCUGGCGCCAAACCUAUGAACGUUGCUGCUGUCUUGCUUCCUCUCUCCUCUCCCUCAACAUCCUCAAAAACGAUGUUAUAUCCGUGCUGGCUCCCAACAUUCCAGCCAUGUACGAGAUGCAUUUUGCUGUUCCCAUGGCUGGAGCCGUACUCAACACCAUCAAUACCAGGCUAGAUGCCAAGAACGUCGCCACCAUUCUCCGCCACUCCGAGGCCAAGGUGUUUUUCGUAGAUUACCAAUAUGUGCCGCUGGCACGCGAGGCUCUCCGCUUGCUGAUGGUUGACUCACAACAAAAUCAGACCUCACAGUCACCAUCUGCAGCACCCGAGUCCUUUAUUCCAUUGGUGAUUGUCAUAGAUGACGUUGACUCCCCUAAAGGUGUCCGACUAGGUGAGUUGGAAUAUGAGCAAUUAAUACACAUGGGCAAUCCAAGAUUCGUCCCCACUGAAAUCCAAGAUGAGUGGGAUCCUAUUUCCCUCAACUACACAUCCGGAACUACAUCCGAACCCAAAGGAGUUGUUUACAGUCACAGAGGCGCAUAUCUCAGUACUUUAAGUCUGAUUUUGGGAUGGGAAAUGGGAAGCGAGCCUGUCUAUCUAUGGUCCCUUCCCAUGUUUCACUGCAACGGUUGGACCUUCACUUGGGGAGUCGCAGCACGCGGUGGGACCAAUGUCUGCCUACGCAACACCACCGCCUACGACAUGUAUCGAAACAUCGCUUCUCACAAAGUCACCCACAUGUGUUGCGCACCCAUCGUCUUCAACAUCCUCAUCGAGGCCAAACCGCAUGAGCGUCGCGAAUUUACCUCUACCGUGCAAGUACUCACCGGCGGUGCACCGCCUCCGGCAUCACUACUCGAGAAAAUGGAACUCCUCCGGUUCCACGUCACCCAUGGCUAUGGUCUGACGGAGGCCACUGGUCCGGCUUUGGUGUGCGAGUGGCAAGCCAAGUGGAACAAUCUUCCACGGGAAAGUCAGGCGAAGCUCAAGGCACGGCAAGGGAUCAGCGUAUUGACACUGGCGGAUGUAGAUGUGAAGAAUAUGAAAACCAUGACAAGCGUACCGCAUGACGGUAAAACAAUGGGGGAGAUUGUGCUCCGUGGAAGCAGCAUCAUGAAAGGGUACUUAAAAGAUCCAGAGACUACAUCCAAGGCCUUCAAGAACGGGUGGUUCAUCACGGGUGACGUGGGCGUUAUACAUCCUGAUGGAUACCUGGAAAUUAAGGAUAGAUCAAAGGAUGUCAUCAUUUCCGGGGGCGAAAACAUCAGCAGCGUUGAAUUGGAGUCGGUUCUCUACAGGCAUCCAAGAGUUCUAGAGGCAGCAGUGGUUGCAAUGCCUCACCCACGGUGGGGGGAGAGCCCCUGUGCUUUUCUAGCGGUGAGGGAGAACGAAGUUGGGAGAAAAGAAGAUGUGAAGGAAGCUGAUAUCAUUGCUUUCUGCCGUAAAAACCUUCCCCAUUUCAUGGUUCCAAAGAAGGUGGAAUUUCUACCUGAAUUGCCCAAAACUUCAACCGGCAAAAUCCAAAAGUUUCAACUAAGAGCUUUGGCCAAAGCUUUCCAGAUUACAGACACAAAGGAAGUGCCUCAACACCAUGAAGACCAAGUUCUUGCUUUAUCCCGUCUUUGAAUCUCAAAAUUAUUAAGAAGAUGGAAUAAACUACGGUUGUACAUGUAGAAACCCAUUGUUUUUUUUUCCGUACGAUUUGUUGUUUGUUGAUGCUUUGUGAUCGGGGAAUUAUUCAUGCUUAGUUAUUGUAAACAAGAUAGUGAAUGCUGCUGCUGUCUGGAUAAGUUAAAAAGUAAAAAAAAUAUGAUAUCUUAAGUGUAGUAGAGUUUAAAACGAGUACUGAUUAUAUGAAAUUGUGAUUUUAUAUUA